AUGUCAAGGCUAAGUCGACUUGAAGAUAACCCAAAAAGAAAGACCAGCCCCGAAAGAGAUCCGGUCCUGAAAUUGGCCCGCGGACCGGCAGGUGGAACAGCAGGGGAGAUGGGAUUUGGGACUCGCGUUUGCCUUUAUUUACUCGUGUUUGUUAACAAAUUCCAAAGCGCCGCGGACCGGUUUACUCUUCUCCCGGACGACUCUCAGUUUGUGUUCAACUUCAACCAAACCCAGCAAGGCGCCGGCGAUGGCGGCAUGCUUGUAGUCGCAAACCGCAAAACCUUUCCCGCCUUGGUCGGGACGGGUUCUGGGAUGGCCGUUGGUCGUGUGGGACCUUGUGGCCUCAACACCUUCCACACCCACCCCCGAUCGGCAGAGCUGCAACUGGUCGUGCAAGGACGUCUGGUUACUGAAAUGAUGCCCGAAAACGGAAUCGUGGACGGCGAAGGAAAGCCCCGCGUCAUUAAGAACGAGAUUGGAACUUACCAAAUGACGCCCUUUUAUCAAGGUUCGGUUCACACGCAGUUCAACCCUGAUUGUUCCGAUGCCGUCUUCGUAGCUGCUUUUUCCAGCGAGGAUCCCGGCGCCGGCCAGGUGGUCGAGCAGACGAUCGCGUUCACGGACGACCUGAUCGCCGCCGCGUUCGGGCAGUCGAUUUCUGGCGAAAACCUCGAGGCUGUGCGCAAGGCGAUUCCCACUAGCAUUGCUCUUGGGGUCGAAAGCUGCCUGGAAAGGUGCGGUAUUGAGAAGAAAUCGAUGUGA